AGACUAAAGGAAAGAUGGUUGCCAUUAGUUACUUGUACAAAGGAUUCCUGUUAUUGUAUUGCGAAGUUCCGUGUUAACUUGUAUAAAGUUUCCAGCAUUCAAAUUCUCAUCAUUGUGAUAGCUAUAGUAUUAAAGCUGGGGCUUCUUACUUGCGUCAUUAGUCAUUAUAAAAUGGGGGCACGGUCAUGGAGUGAUGGCCGUGGCCGGCCGCCUCCCAAAAUAUUAAGAGCUCAAGAAUUUCUACAAACACCACGGCCUCAGCAACAGCAGCUUUAUCUACCAGCACCAAAUUAUUCGGUGCUUUACACGCAGCAGGGUGCACAAGAGAAGAAGCGAUUUGAGUUGGCAGCCCAGCAAGAAAAACAGAUUAGACAACACUCAGUUCAGACAGACUUGGCACUUGACCUUCCAGCAUCAGUAACACUGCCUGAUGGUGAGGAGUAUCCAUAUGGGAAUUCAAAGCUACUUCAUCUGCGAGACUCUCAGCAAGAGAGUGAGAUCUGUAGAGGAUGUAUACGACCUCCUCCAAACAGAACAGUACUCCAAGGAGAUAAUUCCAUAACUAAACCUGCAAAUGUAUCCUCUAAAUCUUGUGCAUCAGCUAGUGUCUUGCGAACAAUAGAUAAAAAUCCCCUAGUCAUAACCCAUCAGAGUGUCAGUGGUGGAGACCACCACCAGAGUGGUGGCUUAUCUCAUGUACUGCCCUCGUACUUUAAGUUACCGGUGCCCAUGUGUGUAAGAACCACAACUCGUAGAGCAAGUUCUACAAGUGAGUCAGGAUGCAGGGGGCAAAUGACCUUUGGAGCAGCAAACUCUCCACCCAGAUAUAGUGACAUUAUUCAGAACCAUGACCUUUGUAGAUUUUCUGGGCAGUCUGAGAGUGGUGUUUGACCACAUACUUGCCUAAAGAUAAAGUCUUUCACUUGCCUGCAGCAGCCUUGUGAUAACAUUUCAGCUGGGUAUUGCUGGCGUCCCACAGAGGAGAACGAGAGAGCCGAGGGUUGGGAUGCAGGAGAUGCCCUACUUUUUAGUGCCUCAUGUUUUGUUGUUGGUUUCCUCAUUGCUGUAUAAACACUGGUGGCUUCCCAAGAAUAAAUGGUUUUCUGUCCUGGCAUCCAAGAUGCUUCUAAAUGUUACUGCAACUUUAACUAAGGUUGACAAGUAUGUAUGUUUUUUGUGUGUAUAUGAACAGAGAAAAGCUAUUUAAAAGCAAACAAAUGUAGUAUUAAUAUUAUCAUGCUAAUGCAGUCACAAUGAGCAAAAGAAUUACAAAUACAAGAUCAUUGUUGAGUGUACAAGAGUGCAGAAAUGAUGCUGUACUUAAUGAAGCUAAGGCAAAAAAUUGAGAACAUGCUGCUGUACUGAGCAAAGAGACUAGUCUAAACUACCAGUUUGAUUUAAAAUGAUAGUGUCCAGUGAUGAAAAAAAUAAUGUUUAUGAUAUUAUAUUGAGUGCACAGAAAAUUGUUCAAAAAGAAGUUACCUGUAUAAGCCAGUAUCUUCUGCCAGGUUAUUUGUUUUUUUAAUGAUUAUCUAAUAUUAAUACACAUACACCUUUGUGACUACAAAGAUUUUUUAAAGGAAUUUUUGCUGCUUCAUCUUAGUUUUAAAAGUGAAAGAUCAGACCAACCAAGGAAUUUAAUUUGAAUCUGCAAUGAAGUAACAUGUUAUUUUAUGAUGUAGAGUCCAGAUAUUUUUACAAUUGUUUGACUAUAGAAGUUUAUUGAAGAUAAAAGUGUGUUUGUUUAUAUUAGUUUUAAUAAAACUCCACCUACAAAUGGUCAGACCAACUAAGGUAUAAUGUAUUUUUAUCAUUUUAUUAAAAAUUUAUUAUUCUGCAUGACAUUGUUAUCUUGUAAUGAUCUUAAUCUGGGGCACCUCUAAAGGUCCAAACUUGAGUCUGUGAGUAAUGUUGCAAUGCAAGAAGGAAAAGAAAAUUAUAUAUAUAUGAAUUAAGAGUAUAAUUCUGCAAAUAAUCAAACUUUUAGUUCAUAAAGGAUAAUUUUAGUGAUUUUAUCCAUUGAUUCAAAGAUUUUAAUGAAUGUUCACUUUUUGAAACUAUUUUAGUUUCUUAAACAUGAGAAAAAAACCUUUUGCUGUGAGACCUAAUGUGGUUACUAGUUCAGAUCAUGAGACUCAAAGCAAAUUAUUGCUACAAAAUUAUUUUUCCCCUUUCUUGGAGAUAAUUUUAUCAUUUCAAGCAAUUUUACAUCUUUAAUUUUUAAGUCUUCUCUGUGUUGGGUAAUUAUGUGAGACUGCUGUUAAAAUUAAGGUAUUUGAUAAAAGAUUAUUCUCUUUUUCUUUUGUCCAUUUUUUUUUAGUAGUCUGGGUAUCAAGAGGUGGAUAGUUCAGUGUAAAGAAAUCUCUCAAUAUGCAAUACCACAAGGAAUUGUGUUUUUCCCACAUUGACAAUUGACGAUGAACUUCUUUGUGCCAAUGAUCUAGAGAGAACUGCCAAUAAAUGAUGUUGUUGUUUUGGAUAAUGAUUGCAAAAAUGCAAAAACCAUUUUACUGCCACCAAGUGAUAAAGAUCCAGUUCUCCUCUCAUUAAAGAAUUGAGUCUUAAGAAAGUAGUGUUAGAGGUGCCUUGAUGAUUAAAUCAUUUUUGAAACUCUAGAAUUAUAUUUGUAUUUUGUUCUUCAUCUGUCCAUUACAGAUGUAUAUUUUACAGUUAGGGAAAAGUUUAGUUCUUGUACAAAUAGAGAUUUAUCAUUAAAACAUAAUUUCUUAUUGUAAUGUGCAUUCAACUUGGUAGAAAAUGUUAGUGAAUCUGCACUGAGGCUUGGCUCAUGUCACAAUCUUGUGUAAAUAUGAGGAUUGUUAUUUGUCUUUACCAGCCAUUUUUUGAGACAAAGCUUACCUUAUUUUUAAUAUGUAUAUACAUAUAAAUUGUAUGAUGAUGACCUUCAAAGAGAUAAAAUGGUUCUACCUUUUUUUUUAUUAUUCUGGCCAGACAUAUGUUUAAUUAUUUAUUGUUUGCUUUAAUUUCUGAGACAUCAUACUCCCUUGCUGAUAUUAAUGGCUACCAUAAAAGUUGAGCUUUUAUCAAUCUAUUCAUGAAAAAACAAAAAAACUUUGUGUCCUUUCCAUUCAAAUUUUGUGAAUUCAGUAUAUGGCUUAUGUCGAAGAAGGUUACUGCCAUUUAGGUAGAAGAAAGAUACAAAGUAUGUUAACAUUAGCACAAACUUUUGCUGAAAAUGGAAGAAAGUGUUCUCAAGCUUUCAGUGGACAUGUUUUUCAUCAUUUUUGUGAUUGUCAGCUCAUGGAAACUGUUUCUAAAUCAUUUUUUUUUGUCAUUCCAGUAACAAAAGUGUGACCCAACUUUACUCCAAAUAAAAUAAUUUUUGUUGGGAAAAAUUUAAAUUCUGAUGUCUUGCAUCACUUAUAGGAAUAAAUUAUCUUUAUUAGAUGUUCAUGGUAGUCUUACUUUAACUUCUCAGAAUUCAUGUUUAUAAUCUGUCUUAGUGUGGUUCAUCACCACAAUUAAUUAAGAGCAUAGUUCAACAGCAACUAGCCUUAGCUGUUGAGUUACAGCUGUGUAAAUAAGUUCUUUAUUAUCCUGACCAAGUAGUCCAUUGACAACUUGUUUAUUGCUCCAUAGUGUGUAAGUAUAAUCUUGUUAUGUAUACACCAUUUAUAGAAGUUUCAGCACAUGACUGUUUUUAAUUUUCUGUCUGACAACAUAAGUUGACUUUGUAACACAAAAAGAGCUUGCCCUAAUAGUACAAACCCCACCCCAGCAUGAGGUUUGGUUGAGCUUACACAAGCAACUUUGUAAAUAAUAAUAAUAUAAAUCAAUAAGUACUUUUUUUAUUUCCUUCCAAUUUUUAAAAAUUAAUUAACCAAUGAAAAGAUAAUCAUUUCUUUUAGUAGCAGGCACUCUUUUUAUCACUAAAGCUGAACAUCGUAUUUACUUCUUUAUCUCUGCUCUGGAUACCUUCCGAGGCUAGAAUUUAAGUGUAGUUGUAACUUGUAGUAUUUAUGUCAUAGUUCUAUUUUGUUUCUAACUUCAGAUAAGCCAAGAUACUAAGUGAGUUUAAAAUUAUUCAUUUAACAGGUUAUAGUAAAUUACAAAAAUCAGUGUGCUACUACUAUAGAAAUGUGAUUUUACUAAAUUCUUAUGUGCAAGUUGAAAUACUGCUUCAAAUAGCUUUCUGGUGUUUAUUUUUUGUUUUAAUCUAUAGAGAGAGAUCAAUAUUCAGUGUUAAAAAUACCAUAAUUAUGACUAGUAAACCUACAGAUUUGUAUCUUUAUGUGUACAUCAAAUAAAAAUCAAUAAGAUUAUUAAUGAACUUUUACAUUAAGCGGAUUACAGGGUAUAUGAUCAGCAAAUUUUUAAUACUUUAAUGGUUUGAGGAGGACACCUUUUGUUGUGCCAAGUGUUGACCUUAAAGAGUUGUUAGUUGGUGUUUUAAAGUUAUUCAUUCAGCCAACUUACUGGCUAUCAUUGUUAAAAUGACCUAAUCCCAGCUGCAGGUACUGAUCAUUAGUAAUGUGACUGAAAUCACUUUCUGGUAAUAAUACUUACAAAUAAAUUUUAUGAAAACUCUGUAAUUGUUGUUUGUAUUCACUAUUACAUUAUUUUAUAAAGAAGCAUAAAAUAAUUUCAGAAAAUUCAAAUCUUACAUUACAUAUUUUCCCCUCUUCUUAAGUAUUAUUUGCUUUAGAGGAAAGCUACAAUGGGCUAUCUGCUCUGUCCACCACAGGUAAUCAAACUGCAAAUUUUAGUGUUGUCAGUCUGUAAACUUGCUGCUUAUCCACUGGGGGACUCUUCUUAAGUAAAGAUCUAUGAAAUAUUUUGCACAGAAGUGGUAUAUGGAUGUUAAUUGUUCCAUAGGAGUAGACUUUGAAUGUUUUCUUGAAUAAGUGUGAGGGAAGGGUAGUUUUCAGUUGCAAGUUUCUUUUUUUCUUCUCUAAGUUAAUAAAACAACAACUGAUCAUUAACUUUGGUUCUUAGAAACCCAUGAUUACACAUAAUCUUCCUACCAUCUUGUGCACUUUCUUUAGCUUGUGUUUUGAAAUAAAGAAGUAGAAAACAACUAUUUUAUAUGUAUGGGUUUUAAGGUAACAGAGGUUACAAUAGGCCAGCAUUUUCCAAAAAAAAAAAGAAACUGAAUAGGAUAACAUUUUUCUAUGCAUUAAAUUGAUAAACUACAUUUUCAAAUACAGAAAAACAGUGUAAGUACUUUUGUCCUGCUAGUCGGGUGUUGCCAUGCAGAUAUGUAAUCAGUAAAGUAAUGAUUCUUUAUGUGGAAUUAUACACGGACUGUUAUCUACAUUAAAAUACAUUUUAUUUGUGACCUUUUAGCCCUCUUACCAGAGCCUUCAUUAGUGAAGGCUCCAGUAAGAGGGCCAAGAGCUUGCAAAUAAAAGUAUCUUAAUGUAAAGAACAGUCCAUGUAUAAUACUACAUAUUAAUUUACCUAUGUUAUGAGUGAUACAAAAAAAAAGUAAUGAUCCUUUGUUAUCUUCACUGCUUUUUGUUUUGCAAAGUAACUGGUUGAGGUGAGAAAAAAAAAAAUUGUAGUGUUGUGAUGGCAGGUGGUUUCAGAUAGGUUCUCCACUGUCAUUCAUUAAACUUCAUCAACAUAGCAUCCUGUGUGUUGUGGUAAAAGAAAUAGCCACUAGAAUCUAGUACCUAUUUAUUGGAAAACUUUAGUAAGCAACUGUGUAUAAUAUGGUUGCCAGUAUAACAGGUAUCUAGGAUUACAGUGUUCAGAUCCUUAGUACCAAUUGGUAGUUUCUUUUGUUAGGGGUUUAUCAAAAUCGUGUAUAUUGUUUAACACUCUUUCUUAGCAAUGCAUGCAUACAUACAUACAUAUGUAUGAGUGGGAGAACUAUAAACCAUAGGUUUUGGUUAUAACGGAACCAGUGCAGAAAAAUUUUGCAGAAUAAAAAAGAAUUUUCGAACUUGAUUUGUCUAUUGCCUUUUGCUUUCAUUUCAUACUUGAGUUAUUUUUCUAAUGCAUUUGCAUGUCUAUGUAGUGAUUUAUUCCACAAGCUUACUACUGGUAAUCAGAACCAUGUGUGUGUGUGUGUACAUGUACGUAUCACAUACUUACCCAGUAAGUAUCAUAUUCAGUAUAUUGUGCAGCAAGGUAAAAUCUUAAAAUAUUUCAAUAUAAAUACUAUGAUACAUAAAUAUUACUAUUGUUUUAUACUGUAUAAGUAAGGUAUGUAAGAACCAGUGAAAUAAUGGAUGAUGAUACAAGUAUUUUGAACUGUACACCAUGAUUAAGGAAGUAAGAGAACAUUAAGGAAAAGUUCAUUACUACAAAACAAAAAUACAAGCAUGACACAUUUCUUGUGAGUAAUACCUCAUAAAGUGUGAGUAUUCUUUGUCACUGUUCCCUCCUGUUGUAUUGUCUAGGUAAGUUCACCCACAGUUUUAUAUUUUCAUGUCAUAGCGUCUUUUCAAUCUCUUUUUCCUGAAAGUGAUUUCACUACACAUUCAUAAUCAGGUACCUGCAUUGUAACUGAAAGUAGUAACAGCAAGUGUCUUUCGUUAAAUGUCUCAGAAGAUUAAUCAGUGUUCAGUUACUCUAAUAUAAUGUAUUGACUCGUGACUUCCUCUGUUCUAACUUCAGAGCAGUAACUCUUUAAGGAAACUGGCAUUCUUAUACAAAAUAAAAAGUCAUGUAGACUGUAAUGUCUGAGUAAGUUGAAUAAAGAAAUUGGUAUUUUAUGACUUGACUUGUGUGUGCUAGACUAUAUAAAAGAUCUAUUUGUAUUUCAAACUGUAUAUCAAAGUGCUUUAAUUAGAGAAACACUUCACUUGUAUGAAGUCUUUACUACUUGUAAAAGAUCUAUUUGUAUUUCAAACUGUAUAUCAAAGUGCUUUAAUUAGAGAGACACUUCACUUGUAUGAACCUAGAUUGUGAGAGAAGCAGAAUCUUUUGAAACAUUUAGUCUUAGUGACUUUCGUAGCCCUGAUCAAACUUGAUAUCUUGGAGAAUAACAUUUAAUGCUUUCUUUUGAACCCCUGGAAGAACACUUUCAAUAAGUACAAUGUAUGAUGAAAGAAAGGCUUCUAGAGAGAAAGUACCUAUUUUAAAAACUUAAUCUCAGUCACAUAUUGUAUAAAAUAACUUAAGCUGUAAUACAAAAACAUUAACAUAACAUCAGUUUAAAAAGUAUAUUUGGAAAAAGAAUUGUAUUUGCAAUUAAAAGCUACACGAUAUACUAGCAUAAAGGAUUACAGUUUAUAAAUUGGUGAUUAUUUUAAGUUCAUAACAUAAAACUAUCCAGGCACCAAACAAUCUUUUUGUGUAGUCAAGAAGUGUCAUAUUAAGAGUAGUUAGUAACUUAAACCUCAAGCUCAGUUGGAAAGAAUGCUAAUUAUACAGACACUUGAAACCUGGCAAGUGAAAGUAUAGGAAUACUACUUCCAAACUUGAAAUUCUGCUGGAACUAAUGCAAUCAGAGAUCCAUUUGAACACUACUGCUUUCUUGGCAGUUGAAUUUGAAUAGUGCACAAAGAAGUACCAUUAGUUUGUAUAAAAUUUGAUUCUCCAGGUCUUGGAAAAGGUGAGAACCUGUACUUCAUACAGGAGAAUUGUACCACUGACUACUUCUUUACAUGAAAGAAAAUCUUAAAGAAGAUUUGAGCUUAUGGUUUGGUUGAUUAUGAAGUAAUUUUAAAUUACACAACUGUUAUUAUUUUAGUGAGAUUAUUUAAACCAAGACAGUUCAAGAGUAAAAAUGUAAUUUUCAGCAACACUGUAUGUAAAUACAUAGAAUGACCAUUUUUGAAAAAUAGAAAAUGUGUUUAUGUUAGUGAUAUUUACAGUGAAUAAAAAAAAAGCAUAAUGUUAGGUACACUGGGUUAAAGUAACAAAAAUUUGCAUGAUUAAUAAUGUUAUGCUUUGACAGCAGUAAUUUAAUCAACAGAAUGUAUUUGGAGCAUGUAGAGGUUUCUUUGAUUGUACACAUAAAUCAUUAAAUAAUUAAUGAAAAAGAAAGUAAUAUUUCUAAUUUGAUGUCAUGCAAUAUUUGGGUGAAAUUGAUAAAACUUGUUUAUUUACAACUUGAUGUAUGUGCGGGUUCUCAUCAAUACUUAAUUCAUUCUAAAAUUUACUGAACCAAAAUCCAAGUUUGUAAUGAACUAUUAAUAUUUUGUUGUUUUUUCUUUCACGUAUAUGUAAUCCUUCAGACAUAUCUAGAGAGGAAGAAAGUUAAACUAAGACUUAAAAUAUUUAAACUCUAAAAGUAAAGCAGUUAGCUUAAAAUAAAGAAGCAGUUUUAAUCUUAAAAUCCCAAUAAAAAAGUUUUGCAAAAUAGUUACAAAAAGUGAUAGGCAUAAACUGACACUAAAACCUAAAACUAUUUACCUUGUAUGGUAAGAGUGGGUUUUAUUUUUGAGUAUGUUAUACUCUGUACAGUUGGAUAUGUAUUGUUUUCAGUUUAUUUCUGUUUUAGAAUUACAAAGUUAAUAUUCUGUGUGGAGGUUGGUGCUUGUGAAAUGUUUAUUUAGUUUUCCACAUUUCAUUUUAACAAAAUGACAGGAUCAUGAUUAACCUAUUUUAUAAGUUGAAGUAUUCAGAAACCAGCUUUAUUAAAAUAUUUAUCCAUCAAAAAAGAAUAUCUGGAAAGGAAUAUCUGUCAGAUUGUAGGCAGUUGUUCACUGCAUAUUGUAUAAAAAUAAUAAUGUCCAAACAUUAUUAUAUCUAAGAAUCAGUUUUAUGGACUUUGAAUAAACAGUACAAGUUA